AUGACUCUGGAGAGCGCCACCUCCGGCUGCACCCGCCAGCCCGCGCUUCUCUGCUCCCUGGUCCCUACUGUGGCCCGGGCUUUCGUCUUCCUCACCUACGUGCUGGGAGUGGCCUGGCUGGGCGUGUUUGGUUUCUCUGCGGUGCCCGUGUUUAUGUUCUACAACAUAUGGUCGACCUGUGAGGUCAUCAAGUCUCCCCAGACCAACGGGACGGCCGCGGUGGAGCAGAUCUGCGUGGACAUCCGGCAAUACGGUAUCAUUCCUUGGAACGCCUUCCCAGGAAGAAUGUGCGGCUUCGCCCUCGAGAGCAUCUGCAACACCAACGAGUUCUACAUGUCCUAUCACCUGUUCAUCGUGGCCUGCGCAGGAGCUGGUGCCACCGUCAUUGCCCUGCUGAUCUACAUGAUGGCCACUACAUAUAACUAUGCGGUUUUGAAGUUUAAGAGUCGGGAAGAUUGCUGCACUAAGUUCUAAGUUGCCUAAGGCCAAUAGGAGCUUUAGAGAGCUCUACUCAGUAGCGUGAAAUCUCACUGACACCCAGACUAAAGCAGAGUCUAGGUUUCUGCAGUUUUGUUCCAGUAAUUUGUAAAUCGCUCUAGUC